AUGGCGCCGUAUGAAGCACUAUAUGGAAGAAAGUGUAGAUCUCCGCUCUACUGGGAUGAAGUUGGCGAACGAAGGGCACUUGGACUCGAUGCAGUCGAAGAGAUGGUCGAAAUCGUUCGACAAAUCCGUGCGAGAAUGAAUGGAGCCCAGGACAGAAAAAAUUCAUACGCCGACGUCCGACGGACAGACUUACAAUUCCAAGCCGGCGAUAAAGUUUUCCUCAAGAUAUCCCCGUCGAAAGGGAUAACGCAUUUUGGUGUUAAAGGGAAACUGAAGCCGCGUUUUAUCGGACCGUAUGAGAUUCUUGAAGGAGUAGGACCCUUGCGGAAAUACGUGUUCAACCCGAAGCACGUGAUUCGCUACGAGGAAGUUGCCGUAAACCCGGAUCUGAGCUACGAGGAGUGGCCCCAGAUGAUCUUGGACCGGAAGGUUCAGAUCUCGAGGAACAAAUCUUCUGCCUUCGUGAAAAUACUAAGGAGAAAUCACGGACCCGAAGAAGCCAUGAUGGAACUAUAA